UAAAGUUGUUUAUCUCAUACUGUUCUCUUAUUAACUAUACCACAUGAACAGGGAAUACUUUAAGGGCAAUUCAUCAGUAAAGUGAAUGUAAAUCAAGAUAAACAGGCGGCAAUGGAGAAGAAAUGAAGAUGUAGUUCUCCAUUAAUCUUACGAAUUUUUGAACUAAGUUGGUUAUUUUCUCUCGUCUAGACAAACCUUUUGAGAUAAUUUGUGAUUUUUAUAUAUUUGACGAGUUUUUGGUAUAUUAGUUGUUAAUUAUCGUUACAGCAUUUAAGUAGACAUUUCAGGUGUAUAGAUUUACAUAGGUAUAUAAACGGUGGUAUUCUGUAACACGAUUAUUUUAGGUUGUAGAGAUUCAUACAGUAUAUACCACAUUAACUCUGUGGCCUAAUAUUACAGCCACAUUACAGCCUUGUAGCCACACAGCCACAACAUUACAGCAACUUCCUCUUAAAAACACCACUAGUUUGAUGCUGCUUUACUUGUGUCUAUUCACCAUGAAAGAUUGUUAUGGAAAGCUCGAUACAUUAAUUAGUUUUUCAUUACUUUUUUACACAAAUAUGUUCAAAUACUGAGGUCUUUCCACAGAUACUACUGGAGGAGGGUCUGUAUCCACUACUGAAGGGAUGCCAGCAGGGGUUGUUUGAAUUUUUGAACCCUCAUUUAAUAAACAUAUACUAUAUACUCAGCCCAGGAGGUAGAAAAUUUGUCUUUGACCUUCAUGUCUUCAAGGAUUCAUGAAUGACCAUAACCACCAUGAAGAACAUGCAGGAAGUUGAAUUUUCUGUAGAAUCGUUCUUUUUGGGGAAGUGGCUUCUGGACCCUACCCACCCUUACUUUCCUGCACAUGAGUUACACAUGCCUAAACUACGUAGUGACACACGGUGGAAAGCUUUGGAGUCUAGACUGGCAUCAGUUACACCUCAGAAAAAUCCAAACACAACUGCACAACGAACGAGGAGAAAAGACGUAGUUUAUGAAAUUGAGACGCCAGAAAAACAAACCCGAGGCCAUAAGAGGGAGUUAAAUGAUCCACGAAGCACGGAAUCGCAAAGAAAGAGGAAGAAGAGAGGAGAUUUACUGUUGAGCAAGACAAGAGGAGACAAGAAGCUUAAGAAUGAUGGUAACAAGGAGAAUGAGGGUGGAGUGUCGAGCAUUCUUCACUCCCAGAGAAAGGCUUCGAUGAGACAUUCACUUCAUUUAAAGGAAAUUACGAAUGAAUCCACGAAUCGGACCCCAGCCUUAGAGAAAGACGAUGAUGAGAUUGGAAAAUACGACGAGACAAAUCUUAUGAUUAGACUAAGACAAAUUGUUGAUCGAAGAGACAAGGAAAACACGAGUGAGAGAAAGAGACACAGUGAAUCAAACAAGAAUGAACAAGGGAAGAGAGACAAAAGGAAAUGUAGAGAAACGAAUGAUGAAAAAUACUCGAAAAGACAGUUAGUAGAGAUACCAAAUGAUAGCUUGCAAUUGAAGAAAUCUGAAAGGAGACAAGUAAACAAAGAAUCAAGCAAGGACAAAGGAAAGAGAAACAGGAGUGAACAGAGAGAGACAUACGCAAGUAAGAACGAAAAAGAAAAAUCACUAAAACAGACGGAUGAGAAACUAAGCAACAGUAUAAAAGUAAACAAUAAAACAAGGAAGGAAGAAGAAAAUGAUAAAGUAAACAAGAGCAAGAAAGUAAACAAUAAAAUAAACAAGGAAGCAGAAAAGAAAAAUGAUAAAGCAAACGAGGAAGAAGAAAAGAAAGAUAAAGCAAACAACAGCAAGAAAGUAAAGAAAACAAACAAAGAAGCGGAACAAAAGAAUGAUGAACCAAAGAGCAAGAAAGUAAACAAUAAAACGAGCAAGAAUGAGGAAGCGAAGAAUGUCAAAGCAACCAAGACCGACAAGGAACCGCAAGAGGAUGAAAUAUUGUACAGACACAUGCGCAGCAAGCGGUCUAAGCGGAUUUGGGUGUUUGAUACUAGCGAUGACGAAACCGACGAAACGUGGAUGAGCCCCAGUCAAAAGAAAGUCAAAACGAAGGCAAAAGGUAAAGAAAAUAAGAAAAAUAAAGAUACAAAAAGCAAUACAAAAAAGACAACUAAAGAAAAUACCAAACAGAAGGAACAAAAGCAGGUCAAGUCAGAAGAGGUAUUAAUAACCGCUAAAAGAGGCACCCUAAAGUACCUGCUGCAGAGGGAAGAUUAUGUCAGGGCCAUAGCCAAGGAAGCUGAGGUGGAUAACGACUUCUUCAACAGUCAUGAAGCUUUUGCCAAGAAGAAGAAAGCCCUGGGUAACCUCCUCAUGCCAUCGUCACUUGAUGAUAGUCUGACCAUCAGGACUCCACAAGGGAAGGGGAAGAAUGUGGGUGUCUCGGUCAUUACACCACGCACAUCUCUGCUCGGCCGCCUGUCGGAAGAGAUGCCGUCCACUAAUGUCUUCACGCCCUCCACCCGCACCCCAGCAAAUGAACCUCAGUCUGUUGAUAGAAGAGGUGAUCUACAGAUUAUGUAUCAUCAGCUACAGUGGCAGAAGCAGCGGCCACGAGGAAUCAGGAAGGCCCUCCAAGAUAGCAUGAGCUCGAAGACUUCACUGAAUAAGACUUGUAAGCGUUCCCUACUGGAGCUUCCAACAUUCCCUGAAGGUGCUGAUGUUAAUGAGUGUGACUCAAGCUUUGAUGACUAUUUCAACAACAGUGGUGCACUCUAAGGCUCAGUAUUAUGUGGCCCUCAUUCUUGAUACUAGUGGGAGGGAAGGUUUCGUGGAGCUUCAUUCAGCGUUGUUUAUCAAGAAUUAGUACUUUGUAAAUGUUUAAUGUAUUGCAUAGUAUUAAGUAUGUGAGGGUUCCUUGGCUUAGUAGACUGCAUUCAGAUUCCCCAAGCCUUGAGAUACGAGUUCAGGCAGGAGUGGUGGGGUGUUAUUCCGUUGUGGUGUGCAUCGAGCCACAUUCUUCAUGUCUGUAGUCUCUUCAUUAUGGUAAUAUCAAAUAGCCCUGUCCACUUUCUCUCGUCUUGGCCUGUUAUUAAACAAUGAAGUGCCGUAGACUAACUAAAAUUUGCUCCCACAGAGAAUACCACCACAUUAUCUACUCACAAAACCAUACUUCUUAUUGGCUGGCGGGUCAAAUGUGGUAUUCCCAUAAUGAACUGACGAAAGGCACUGUGUAUCAAGCUGAAUAUUUGAGACGCUGUAGUUAACUAAUAGCUAUGCAGUACAUUUUAUUGAUUGUAUCUGUAGGUUAAACUAUCUCACUUACACAAGCGUGGAAAAUUACUUUUAAAUUAGUGAUGAUGAUGAGUGAUUGUAAAUAGAUCUUUUUUCUUUAUUUGUGAAUAUAUGUCGAGGAAGGUUACCUAACUGGGUUUUUGGCAAAUUUAUUUUAUGCAUAACAGGACAAAAUAUAUUUUAUUUUAUUCUUUUAUAUACGGAAUUAAUUACAUACUGUAGUCGUUUUACAAGAUAUUAAAGUUAAAGGUUAAGUUUGCAGCUGUUAAUAUGUUUUUUAACAUUCUUACACUCUGUGUUUACUGUGCCGAAAGUUACACUCAGAUUGUAUUGAAUCAAUGUAUUUGUACAGUAACACCUACGGAAGUUCAUUUAAUAGUCGAUGUAUUAUUCGUUUUUAAUUUUAUUGUAAAGCAUAAACCAGAUGGGUGUAAAUGGAGGUUUUUUU